AUGAAUCCAAAAGACAUGCUUGUUGACAAGGUCGACAUAUUUUUCUUAUUGAAGCAGCCAAAACUAGUUACAAGAAAGGAACUUGCUACUCUUUUGCCAACACAGUCAUACGAUGAUUAUCGAGCAAAUUACUACAGAAGACGCGUUCCAGAAGUCUUCGAUAUAAAUAUUACAAAGGAAUGGUUUGUCUACAGAUACUUAGAUUCUUUCUAUGACGAAAGAAAAAAAUCUAUAUUCAAUAUACACACUUUUACAAAGCCUGAUGUGUGCAUAAUAGUUAAAGGUAUGGACGAAGAUCUUCCAGGUACAAUUCUGCAUUCAUUGCCUUCGAAAUGCUUGAGCAUCGAAAGACUUUGGAUUCAGCAACAAACAUGCCAGAACAGAUUAUCAAGGAUGUGCUAUAUUAUACUGAAGAAGGGAUCUGAUAUUCAUGGAUCAAUAGAACUUAUGAAGUCUGCUUUGGAAGCACAUCCGAAUAUUCGGUUUGAAAUAUUUGAUGUUUCCGAUGUUGAAGAACCUGUUAUUUCAUGCAAAGAUACCGAUUAUGGCUCUGCUAAAUCAAUGUUCAGCUCAUUAUGCAAGAUUUUCAAAGUUGAUGAGGAAGAAAUUCUCAAAAGAUAUACAACAAACAUUCAAACUCAAGGAAACACUAUACAUGAAAAUGCAGCUGUCUUUUUCUGCAAUGCACUCAAAGAUGUUUUUCUUUAUUGCUACACAUGUGCACACCAAUAUGACGAUCCUCUUGAGAUGAUGAUGGGAUGUAGAAAUCACAAGUCUACAGAAGCUUCAAUUCGACGAAGAGAGUUUCUUUUAGAAUACCAAGGACUUGGAGAUAUCAAGAUAACUACAAAGGAAGAAGAAAUUAAUAAGAUGAUAACCAUGGUAGAAGAAAAUCACUACAAAUGCGAAUAUUGUGGGAAAGGAUUUAAAGAAGAGACAUUCAUAUUUAAUCAUUUCAACAACAAGCAUGAGGAUGAAAUCAAGAAGAUUGAUAAAUCUAUAGAAGAAUUUAAAGAAUUCCUUGAUAGAGUUGAUUGCUUUAUGUUAGAAAUGCUUGAUGGGACAGACGAUGACCGAGUUCCGAGAUUUAUUCAGCCAAGCAUUAGGGAUGAACGAGUUAUAUACGACAUGGACCGCGUAUUUAGUGGAGACAUAGUUAUCGGUAAAUAG